AUUUUUUUUGUGACACGGUUUAAAUCUCUGAAUGUGUUAUGUUAAUUAAAUUAUUAAUUUUAAGCAAUGAAUGCUAUAAUUUUUAAUUUUAUUUUGUUUAUUUUUAUAUAAUCUUUACCAUUGAUCAGUACUUGAGAUCCGAAAAAUGGAUUUUGAAAAUUUUGAGAUUCCAAAAAAUCUGGAAGUCCAUCCUUUAGGCGACAAUGGUGAAAUGGAAAUUUUACCGGCUAGCGAGAAAAACAUUUUAAGCUGCUCGCGUCUUCCGUGCGGUCUUCCACCAGUUUUACCGGACACUAAUGCAAUGCUAAAUUCAUUCUUGGAAAAUCCUGAAAGAUUGCCUAUUCUACAUUUAGAUGCUGUUCAAAAGUUUAUACCUAUUGAACCCAAUGUUUCAUCUCUUUAUACUAUGAAUUUGUGUCCACUUGGAACAACGUUGACUGUAAAAAGAGACAUGAUGACUGGAAAAAUUUUAGGCUUUACAGAAGAAGUGAAAGAUAUUUUUCAAGGUACAUACAAUACGUCUACAUCUUUAUCUCGUACUCCUGGCCCUCCUGAGGCUGGUGUUAGAGGCAGUACCAGCAGUUAUCCUUUUCAUCCUGGUGGAAUGGAUGAACCAUGGUUUGAUCAUUUGAGUUCUAAAGAUCUUAAUCUUGAUCUAUUUAAAGGAGAAUAUCGUGAUACGCCUCCUGGUUUCAAGUGUGGUAUGAAAUUUGAGAGAAAAAGCCAUGAUAUUGCUGACUACAUUAAAUUGCAACCCCAAAAAAUCCAUUUAUCAGAUGUUCUUGCCCUAGACGAUUCAAUUGAUUUUGAAAUUUUUAAUGAACCUGAAGAUAAAAUCGAGGAUGAAGUUGACUUUAGCAAGUUGCAAUCUGAAACAAGAGUAGAAUCAACCGAAAAUGAUGAUACAAUUAUGAAAAUUGCUUCUUUACCAGUUUUGAACAUUAGUGAGGCUGUUAUUAAAAAGUCUGUGCAGUAUGAAUGGGCUGUUGUUGAAAAUGUUAAUAUUCCAGUAGAUGAUUUUUAUGAAAAGAUUCCAAAAAUGGCUUUUUCAUGGCCUUUUGAACUUGAUGUUUUCCAAAAAAGAGCAGUUCUUCAUCUAGAGAAACGAGAAAGUGUGUUUGUAGCAGCUCAUACUUCUGCUGGGAAAACUGUGGUUGCUGAAUAUGCUAUUGCUUUAGCGAAAAAGAAUGUGACAAGAGUUAUCUAUACUUCACCCAUAAAAGCUCUUUCAAAUCAGAAGUACAGAGAGUUUAAAGACAAAUUUGAAGAUGUUGGACUCAUUACUGGUGAUGUUCAAAUAAAUCCAACUGCCUUUUGUUUGAUAAUGACUACUGAAAUUUUAAGGUCGAUGUUAUAUCACGGUUCAGAUGUUGUGCGUGAAUUGGAAUGGGUUAUUUUUGAUGAAGUACAUUACAUUAAUGAUUCUGAAAGAGGUGUUGUGUGGGAGGAAGUGUUAAUUAUGCUUCCUGAUCAUGUAAAUUUAAUAAUGCUGAGUGCGACAGUGCCAAAUACAGCCGAAUUUGCUGACUGGCUUGGUCGUAUAAAAAAGAGAAAGAUAUAUGUAAUAAGCACACUGAAACGACCAGUGCCAUUAGUCUAUUACUUAUACACAGGCAGCGUUGGAAAAUCUGGAGAUGACAUGUUUCCAAUUAUUGAUGAACGUGGGAAUUUCUUAGACAAUGAAUAUAUGAAAGCUUCUAAAGCUAAGAAAGAUAGAGAGAGUAAAGCAAAAGCCACCACAGGUCCAAAGGGCCCUAAACAGUACAUAACUCCAGCUCAGGAAAAGAAUGUAUAUAUUGGAAUUCUUGGAUACCUGCAAAAAGAAAAUCUUCUACCUGCUGUAUGUUUCACUUUUUCAAGAAAAAGAUGUAAUACACAUGCUAAAAGUUUGAACAGCAAAGACUUGACAACUCAAAAAGAAAAGAAUGAAAUUGUUAAAUUUUUCAGAGAUAGCAUUGACAAGCUUAAGCGAGAGGACCGUGAUUUACCUCAGAUAAGAGUCAUGGAAGAUCAUCUUAAACGUGGUUUUGGAAUACACCACAGCGGUAUUCUACCUAUUCUCAAAGAAGUGGUUGAAAUGUUGUUUCAAAAAAGCUUGGUAAAAGUUUUAUUUGCAACAGAAACAUUUGCUAUGGGUGUAAACAUGCCUGCUCGGACAGUCAUUUUUGAUUCUGUGCGCAAGCACGAUGGUCAGAGCAUGCGAGAUCUUCAACCAUCCGAGUUCAUUCAGAUGGCUGGACGUGCUGGUCGACGAGGCCUUGAUAAAACUGGAACUGUUAUUGUACUUUGUAAAGCUGAUGUACCUGAUUCACUUUCUCUAAGAACAAUGAUGCUGGGUAAACCUGCAAAGCUGCAAUCACAGUUUAAACUAACUUAUAGUAUGAUUUUGAAUCUCUUAAAAAUAAAAACUUUUAGUGUUGAAGAUGUCAUGCAGCGAUCUUUUGGAGAGUCUAAUAAUCAUAAACAGCGUGAAGGAUGGGAAAAAAUGCUGACUGAGGCUUCUGAGAAAUACAAAGCUCUACCCCAAUCUGAAUGUUCACUGUGUAAAGUUGACAUGCGAAGUUAUGUUCAAACAUUAAAUAAAGUCAAAGUCAUUCGCAAAAAUAUUCUGCAAAAGAAAUGUUCUCAAGCUCUAGCCAGUAAAAUAUUCAUGCCUGGACGAGUUCUUGUCAUUGCAACAGAUUUGCAAGAAAACAUUCCUUGUGUUUUGUUAAACAUUGAUAAAGAAAAUAAGUGUAAAGUUCUUGCAAUCUCAGAGAAGAAGUCUCAGGGAUCUCCUGAAGAAAACAAAGUAUUGCCAUGGACAAAACAGAUAUUUUAUCCAAAUGAAAAGCAGCCUAAUGUUACAACUAUCACUUUUGAAGAUGUGCAAGUAAUAACAAACAAGACAUUAAGAAUUCAGGAAAAUGAAAUCCUUAAAGAAUGGAAAAAGGGAUCCAAUCCUGGUUAUACUCUCAGUUCUGCAUUUCAAGAGCUGUGUUCUUUAUGUGAAGCAAAUCUAAGUGGCUUCUCAUCUGCCAACAUAAAUUUCAAAGAUAUGGCAUUAGUUGAGGAAGCUUUGCAGCUGGAAAAUUUAGAAAGAUCAUUUGAAGGGUUUACAUGCAUAAAGUGUCCUCUGUUUUCAAAACAUUUUUACGAGAUUUCCACUCAAGAAUACCUGUCAGAAAGAAUUCAUUCUUAUAAACAUAAGCUAUCACAUGAAGGUCUCACUCUUCAUCCUGAGUAUGAGAUGCGUAAAAAUGUUUUAAAAACACUUGGGUACAUAGAUGCAGAAGACAAUGUCCAAUUAAAAGGAUCUGUAGCAAGGGAAAUGAGCAACCACGAGCUCCUAAUCACAGAAUUACUUGUGAAAUCUGUUUUCAGUGAUUGUCCUCCUGAAGAAGUUGCUGCAUUGCUAUCAUGCAUGGUUUUUCAACAGAAAUGUGAUGAUUCUAAUUUAGAACUGCCAAGUCAAUUGAAAGCUAAAAUUGAAGAGAUAAGACAAGUGGCUAUGGAAAUAGCGUAUACACAAGGGCGUGCUGGAAUUGCAGAACCCCAUUUUGUUGAGCAGUACAACUUCCACUUAACUAAUGUAGUAUAUGAAUGGGCCAAAGGAACUGCAUUUUCCGAAAUAAUGCAGAGCACAGAUGUCGAUGAAGGUAUUAUUGUAAGAAGUAUACAACGUCUUAGUGAAUUACUUAAAGAUGUUCGCAACGGUGCCUCCUUGGUUGGUGACACAGUGCUUGCAAAAAAGAUGGAGGAAGCAUCUCACAAAAUAAAAAGGGACAUUGUUUUUGCUGCAAGUUUAUAUGUACAAUGAAUCUGUGAUGUUUUUUAUGAUUUGAGUUUUGUAAAUGAGCUAUUUAAAUUAAAUUUGUUGAUUAUUUUGAUUG